AUGAUGCAAGUAGCAGGACUUGCGGUGGCACUCGCGGUGCUCUGCUCAUUGACAAGAGCCACUGAUAAUGGCCUUGCUGUCACUCCACAGAUGGGCUGGAACACAUGGAAUGCCUUCGGGUGUUCAACGAGCGAAGACUUGCUCCUCUCCACUGGCAAACUUAUAGCCGGUUUGGGCCUCAGAGAUCUCGGAUAUAAAUAUGUCGUGCAAGAUGAUUGUUGGUCUGCUGGGCGUAACUCGACCGGUCACCUUCAAGUUGACACAACGAAAUUCCCGAAUGGCCUGUCUACAGUAGCAGAUGAGCUUCACGGUCUGGGCCUUGGAUUUGGAAUCUACUCAGAUGCAGGAGCUCUUACCUGUGGCCGGUUUGCCGGCUCUUUGGGACAUGAAACUCAAGACGCCGAGACAUGGGCAAGCUGGGGUGUUGACUAUUUGAAAUACGAUAAUUGCUACAACGAAGGUCAAUCCGGAACACCCCAGAUUUCCUAUACUCGCUACAAGACGAUGGCGGACGCCCUCAAUGCAACUGGACGACACAUCCUUUACUCCAUGUGCAAUUGGGGCGAGGAUCGCCCUUGGAAUUGGGCGCAGACUGUCGCGAACUCGUGGCGCAUGUCAGGUGACAUUUAUGACAACUUCGACAGACCCGACCAGGCGUGUCCUUGCCCUGGAGAGCAGGGCAUCGACUGUGCGCUGCCUGGAUUUAAGUGCUCAAUGAUGAACAUCCUAAAUAAGGUAGCAAGCUUCCCUGAUAAGGGUGUUACCGGAGCAUGGAAUGAUAUGGACAUGCUCGAGAUUGGCAACGGAGGCAUGACUGAUGAUGAAUACAAGACCCACUUCACAAUGUGGGCUGCACUCAAGUCGCCUCUUAUCAUGGGUAACGACCUCCGCAAAAUAACGCCUGAGACACUUUCCAUACUCUCCAACCCUGCUGUACUCGCGAUCUCUCAAGACACAGGCUCGCGACCUGCAUUUCGUAGAUGGCGUUACUUCGUCGGUGACACCGACAAAUUCGGCCAAGGCGAGAUUCAAAUGUGGAGUGGCUCGCUCUCAGGCGGAGACGCCCUGGUCGUGCUGCUUAAUGGAGGCGACAAAGAACGCGAGAUGAACGCAACGCUCGUCGAUAUAUUCUGGGACAACAUGCCAUUGGGCAACCCUCCGCAAGCGAGCCAAGCGUGGGAUGUGUAUGAUUUAUGGGGAAAUAGGAUGGACAAUGAUACGGCCGCACGGAUCAUCGCUGCUGCAAAUCAGACUGCUCUUGGUAACGCCACCUCGGACCCGAGUACGAUAGGUUCCGAGUUCCGGUAUAAUGCGACCCAGAUGGGUGGAUACACAGCUGGAUUGCAGCAGAAUUCGACUGUACUGCUUGGUGAGAAGGUCGGCACUGUCGAACCACAUGGGAGCGUGACAGCUACUGUGCCCAGACAUGGCGUGGGUGCCUUCAGGUUGAGAGCGCAGGCAUCUGAGAAGACGGCGCAGCAUCAAGAACUGUGAAGCUGGAAAUGGGGUAACAUUAAUAGGUGUACAUUAGCACUGUGAAGAUGCGCGCUUAUACCUUGUCAAUAAUUUCUUUUGCUGGGACAUACUUGAGUCUCGUGAUCGACUUUACGACCCCAUUCGGUUUAGAAACGGUAGCUGUGAUAGUCCAUAUAUUAU